AUGAAAGAACCAAUCGCCGUAAUCGGCUCGGCAUGCCGAUUGCCAGGACAGUCCAAUACGCCUGCAAAACUGUGGGAGCUGCUGCUUCACCCCCGGGACGUCCUGAAGGACUUCGACCACCGACUGAACCUGCAGCGCUUCUUCCACGAGAAUGGAGACACCCACGGGUCAACAGACGUCAUCAACAAAUCCUACCUCCUAGACGAAGACAUCAGCCUCUUCGACGCCUCCUUCUUCGGCAUCAGCCCCGUCGAGGCAGCGAGCAUGGAUCCUCAACAACGACUCCUACUAGAAACCGCGUACGAAGCAUUCGAAGCUGCCGGUCUUACUCUCCAUCAGAUAAAAGGCUCCCAAACGGGCGUGUAUGUCGGGUGCAUGACAGACGACUGGUCCGCCAUCCAGCGCAGGGAUAUGGAAACAGUCACCACAUACGCCGCAACGGGUACAGCAAGCAGUAUAAUAUCCAACCGGAUAUCCUACGCAUUCGACCUCCACGGCCCAUCCGAGACGAUCGACACCGCCUGCUCGAGCUCAUUAGUAGCCCUGCACCAUGCAGCAAACGCUCUACACAUCGGAGACUGCGAAACCGCACUCGUCGCAGGCGUCAAUCUAAUCCUGGACCCGAGCCGAUACAUCCUCGAGUCGAAACUCCACAUGCUCUCGCCAGACGCGCGGUGUCGGAUGUGGGAUGCUGCUGCGGAUGGGUAUGUGCGCGGCGAGGGCGCUGCAGUGCUGCUCCUUAAACCGCUCAGUCGUGCCCUUGAGGAUGGCGAUCACAUUGAUGCUUUGAUCCGGGGAACGGGGGUUAACUCGGAUGGCCAGACGGCUGGGCUUACGGUGCCUUCGGCGGUGGCGCAGAGGGAUCUAAUCCGGCAGACGUAUCGUCGUGCUGGGUUGGAUCCGGUUAGGGAUGCGCCGCAGUUUGUGGAGUGCCAUGGGACUGGGACGACUGUUGGGGAUCCUGUGGAGGCGCGCGCCAUCAGCGAGGCAUUCAUUGAUGCUUCCGUCUCGAACAGGUCGAAUGUGAUUCAUGUCGGUUCUAUAAAAACCGUCAUUGGGCAUUUGGAGGGCUGUGCGGGAUUGGCGGGGGUACUGAAGGCUAUACUUGCUAUAAAGCACAAUACUAUCCCUCCGAACCUCCUCUUCGACGAGCUGAACCCGGAAAUUGAACCAUAUUAUGGUCCGUUACAGAUUACCAAAGUGCCCCUGGUAUGGCCAGAGCAACCUACGCUGCGAGCGAGUGUGAAUAGUUUCGGAUUCGGGGGGACCAACGCCCACGCAAUUAUCGAAAGCUACGAGAGUAUCAAUAACGAACAUAAUCUAGAGCUCCUGGGUCCGAUAUUCUUAUUCUUCUCAGCUCGGUCUGGUCCAUCGUUGCUGCGUACUAUCAAGGCAUAUAUACAGCACCUGCGGCACAAUCCUGAUAUAAAUCUCCGCGAUCUCAGCUGGAUUCUGUACUCGCGCCGCUCUACGCACCGAAUACGAGCUUCUUUUUCUGGUAUAUCACGAGAUUCCAUUUUAAAUAAAAUGGAACACUACGUCUCGCGUGAUAGAUACGAACCACAGCUGAUAAAUCAGAGCCCUAACAUUCUAGGAAUCUUCACAGGCCAAGGCGCGCAAUGGCCAGCUAUGGGCCGUGAACUAUUCCUCCACUGCCCUCUUUUCCGUCAGGGUAUAAAAGCCUGCGAAGCAGUGUUACAGGCUUUACCCACUUCUAUCCCGAGUUGCUCACUAGCUACUGAGCUGGGCAGUAGCACAAACAUUGAUUCAGCCGCUAUCUCACAGACCCUAUGCACCGCUGUCCAGAUCAGCCUUGUUAACCUAUUAACAGCUGCAGGAAUUAAAUUCGAUCACGUCGUUGGCCACUCAUCUGGUGAAAUUGCCGCUGCGUACGCCAGCGGCAUUAUCACCCUUGAAGGAGCAAUGCAGAUAGCAUACUACCGCGGGUUCCACGCCCGGCAUGCGCAGGGCCCAAAUGGUGAGAAAGGGGGUAUGAUCGCAGCGGGGAUGUCGAAUGACGAUGCGUUGGAAUUUUGCACGCGUCCUGAAUUCGGAGGCCGUAUUCAGGUCGCGGCGGUUAAUGCGCCACAGAGCGUGACUAUCUCUGGCGAUCUUGAAGUUAUCUUACAAGCGAAGGAAUGCCUCGAGACGAAUGGUAUAUUUGUGAGACAGCUCAAGGUCGAUACGGCCUACCAUUCGCAGCAUAUGCUGCCCUGUGCGCAGGCGUACUUGGACUCGUUGCUGGCGUGUAAAAUACAUGUCCAGCAACCCGGAACACCGGUAUGGCACUCGAGUGUACACAGAAAUAAACUCCUAGAACAAGACUUGAGCGCGCUUCGCGGACCAUACUGGGUGGAUAACAUGGUCCAACCGGUGCUCUUCUCUCGCGCCAUUGCCUUAGCCCUACAACAUGGGCCAUUCGACCUGGCUAUUGAAGUCGGUCCCCAUCCCGCCCUUAAGGGACCGACGGGGCAAAUCUUCAAAGAAACAGGCGCUGCUCCUUAUUACACCGGGACGUUGAAGCGUGGGGAGAAUGACAUCGAGGCAUUGAGCGAUACUGUUGCGGGUGUAUGGGUGCAGUGCCCAUCAUCCAUAGACCUACAUGGAUUCUACCAGGCGUUUUCGGAUAGGACCCUGCAGAAUACACGGACCAAAACCCCUGUGUUAAUAAAAGACCUGCCAACGUAUUCCUGGGACCACGACCGCGUCUUCUGGCGGGAGUCGCGCAUAUCUCGCCGAUUCCGCACAGACAGAGACAAGCCACAUGAAUUACUAGGCCGGCGUACAUCAGAUGAUAACAGCCGAGAACUUCGCUGGCGCAAUGUCCUCAGACGGAAUGAAUUGCCCUGGCUCAGUGGGCAUGAAGUACUGGGUGAUAUUCUACUUCCUGGGGCAGCGUAUGUCUCUAUUGCGCUGGAGGCGGGUCGGUAUCUUGCAGCAAUGCAGAAGAGACAGCUGGAACUGAGCGAGGUUGAGAAGGUGAAUAUUCUGCGGCCUGUGGUUGUACCGGAUGACAAGGCUGGGGUUGAGACGCUCUUUACUGUUAUGCUGGAAUCAUCUGCAUCAGAGGGUGAUGUCCAGAUUAUCAAGGCACAGUUCUCAUACUACGUCUGCCCGGAUGAAGUAUCUGGAACCAUGAUACACACCUGCACCGGCAACCUCACUCUCCAUCUCCGUCGACCCUCAAAAUCAAAUAGAGAAUGCAGCAUCCUACCUCCAAAAGAACCUCAUCCUACAGACCUAACCCCCCUCAACACCGACGACAUCUACGCCCUAUUCCACCACAUCGGCCUUACAUAUUCCGGCCUCUUCCGCAGCAUAGAUACCUGCCAGCGGUGCCUAGACUUCUCCACCGCCACCGGAGUCUGGCCUGCUAAUUCAUUCGGCGAUGACGAGUACCUGGUGCAUCCGGCCCUCCUCGACGUCGCAUUCCAAGUGCUGCUCCUCGCGCGAACGCACCCGAAUACCGGCCAGGUCUCGUCUGCUCUCCUGCCGUCGUAUAUAGAGCGUGUGCGCGUUGAUGGAUCUAGACUAAAUCCAGCCAGAGGUGGAGAUAUACGGGCUGAAUUCGAAACAUGGAUCGUCCAGCAGACUGCGGCAGCUGUAACUGGGGAUAUUAGUAUCUAUAAUCCAGCGGAUGGGCGUGAAUUCCUCCAGCUUGAGGGAUUGGAAGUUCGGAUAGUUGGGGAGCUGGAUGUCUCGCAUGACAGGCCUGUUUUCUCGAAAACAGCUUGGGGGGUUGAUAUUGUACAGGGUAUUGAGGCUGCAAAGUUAGUUUGUGAUGAUGAUAUUGUGCCAGAGCAGCUCUUACGCUUGAGUGAAACUGCAGAGCGGAUGGCGCUGUUUUAUGCUAGACGGCUAGUGGAGGUUGAUAUUGACAGGGAAAAUAUCUCGUGGUAUCAUCAGCGCAUGCUGGAGGCAUUCGACAAGCACCUGGAGCUUACGCGAAAGGGCCAACACCAGAUCAUGAAGCAAGAGUGGUUAGAAGAUACACCGGAAACCAUGGACCGACUGCACGCGGAGAGUCCGAAUGAAGUGGAGCUGGAGAUGCUAAAAGCUUCAGGCCAGAGUCUUGCAAGAGUAGUCCGGGGGGAGAUGCACAUGCUGGAAAUCUUGAAGCAGGAUGAUCUGCUGAGUCGGUUUUAUAUGGAGAACGGUGGCUUCAUCAAGGUUAACCAAUGUCUUGCUCGCGCGAUGCAGCAGAUCUCGUUUAAAUUCCCGCGGUGUACUAUUCUGGAGAUAGGUGCUGGGACGGGUGCUACGACCUGGAGUGUCCUGGAAGCCAUCCAGUCCGCAUACGAGACAUACACAUACACAGACAUCUCCACUGGCUUUUUCCCCGGUGCAAGAGAACGGUUCGCACACUCCCUCGAUCAAAUGGUAUUCAAAGUCCUCGACAUUGAAAAAGACCCGUUGAGCCAGGGCUUCACGCCACACUCAUACGACGUGAUCAUCUCAGCCAAUGUCCUCCACGCCACUCGCAAUCUGGAACACACUCUGCAAAAUAUCCGGUCGUUGCUCCGUCCUGGGGGAUACCUCCUGCUGUUCGAAGUCACAAAUACCCACUCUCUUCGCAUCCUGGUUAGUUUCGGCGGCUUGAGUGGACUGUGGCUCGGCGAGGAGGAGAAUCGAAGACUGAAUCCGACAGUCUCAUGCGCGGACUGGGAUAGACUCCUGCGGCAGACAGGACUCUCAGGCGCUGAUACAGUUGUCCAUGAUGUUGCUGAUGAGGAUAAGCAUACCUUGUCCUUGAUCGUUAGUCAAGCAGUGGAUAGGACAUUCCUUCGUUUGCAGAAUCCGCUGGUUGAACCUCCUCUAGAAGGGCCUCCUGUGUUGUUGAUAGGAGGGGGAAAGCUGGCAACAUCGGAUAUUGUUGGCCAGAUUCAAAAGUUUCUUCCAGAGCCAUGGCAUCGGUCUUUGCAUAUCAUUCCUAACCUUGAUGCGCUCGAUUCGGUUGAGUCAAACACGGAGAUAAUCUGUCUACACGAGCUAGACUAG